AUGGGCGACUCUCCCAACGGACUGCGCUACGGCCAGAAGCUACGGCUCGCUACACGCUCUGUCUACGUCGACGACUCGAUCGCUGCUGCUACUUCCGAUCUCGGCAUUGGAUACUACGAGAAGAACGGACGUCACGGGAUCCUCAGCUGCGUCCCACCCCUUGGACCGAAUUUCCAGCACCUUUUUGCUGAGGACGAGUUCGUAGUGGUCCACCCGAACGGCCAACGGCAUUCGAGUGAAGACCGCGUUUACUAUGGAGAUCCACUGGUGCUCGUGAACCAGCACGGAAUGGUGUGGAACAAUAAAACUGGCGGCAUUACGGGGUACGUGGGGCCUCGACCCCGCGGUAUUUCUGGUGAGAUGUUUGUGUGUUUUACACAGGGUUCAGCUGAAGAGGAGAUGGAGAAAAGCAGCAGGAAAGACAAGGGGAACAAACUGGAUAAAUUGAUGGCUUCGGUGACGACGUCGGCGUUGUCUAUGUCGGGCAGUUUGUCCGUGGUAAAGAAUUACAAAACCGAGGCUGGUCCGGUGUGCUUUGGUGACUCGGAUGUCGCGAUUACUGUCGUUGAAUCAAAUCGACGCUCACAGGUGUUUAAUAGGAGACUCAGCAAUUACAAAAAAGCCACGAGUCGUAUUGCAGGAGGAUACAUUUGCUGUGACGGAAGUGGCACUGAAUUGAGGUUCUCGAUCUUGCCAGCUUAUCCCAAGAUUAAACAGGUUUCCAUGAUGGAUCGAAUCAUUACGCCAUACAAUUAUGGACAGAAGAUUGCGUUGCCGCUGGGACUGCUGGGUAGCACUGUGCAGAAGGCAAGUGGUCGAAAGACGAGCGCGAAGAGGGCAGUGCAGUCGAGUGGGAUGCAGCAGGGGGAGAUCCUCUUCCAGUGUUCUAAUGGAGCGCAAGCUGUGUUGUCAGGGACACUUUUGCAGCAGAAGGUGCUUACACAUACCAAACAUCUUGGUACCAAUGGGGACGAGAUUGAAUCGGUCUUUGAGCUGCCCCUGCGAAAUGCGCCUGGUGUGCUGGUUGUGCGAUUGACGGGCGUUGCACCGCGGACAUUUGCUGGAAAGCUGUGUGCAAGAAACGGAAGGCAGCUGUCAGCACUAAGGACCAAGCGUGGUGUUGCAAUCUUGUACUACGUGUCCGACUUGCUCCGACUGGUGCCUUUGCCCAUUUUUGCGCUUAUGUAUGCAGCGAUUAUACGCUUCUUUUGGGGCACCCUCAUCAUGGUGGAAGGCGGUCUGCGUCAUGAACUCGCUAUGUUGGUCUUGGUAAUGCUUCCAGUCAUGUACGCCGCGGUGAAAGUGGAUCAUCCGUUUUCAGCGCUAUUCCAUCCCCCUGCCUUUGAGCCAGAAGUUCAUGACGCCACCGGCAACGAAAUAACUCAGGCUAGCGGUUCAUUGAAGCUCAUCGUGAAAGAGUACCGCUUUCGACCAACAAGCAGCGUUAGCGCCAACGAAAGCGUUAGCAAAGUGGAAUUAGUACGAGCCCCCGAUCUUUUGAAUCAGACAUCGCUUGAACACUCAACGACAACAGCGUUAGAAGCCACAGGAUCGAUUCCCAUGCGAUUUAUUCUUGCGGAAAAGGGUGAUCAGAUAAAGGCGUUGGAGCGGUACAAUGAAACCACGGAGUGGCGGCGCGAGGAAGGUGUCGAUUUCAUUUUGGAGGAGCCCUGCCCGUAUUUCAGGAUCAUCAAGGACAGCUACCCACAUUUUUACCACAAACGUGGCAAAAACGGCGAGCCAGUGUACUACGAGAAACCGGGCAAGAUAAACAUGAAGGCUCUCAAGAAUGCGGGCCUUACGCUGGACGAUUUGAUGCACAACUUGCUCAUGAUCACGGAGUUUUUGUGGCAAGUGCUCGAGCAGGAUGACAAUUGUAAGGGCAUUUCCGUCUUAGACGUUGAUGGGAUUGGUAUCUCGGACUUUGCUGGCGAGGCAGUUGAGUACGUUCGCAAAGCUGCUUCUCUUUCUGGCAGGCACUAUCCGGAACGCUGCGCGUACAUUUUCGUGAUCAAUGUGCCGUCCUGGUUUAGCGUGGUUUGGAACUCGGUGAAGGGGAUGGUUGAUGACGUUACUCGUGAGAAGGUUGUAAUUGUGCGUGGUAAGAAGAACAUUCUUGAGGCACUGUCGGAACGUAUUCCUGUCGAAAAUAUUCCGGUGGAAUAUGGUGGAACAAGUCACGGCAUGUCUCGGGAGGAAGAUCUGCUUUAUAGUCUAAUGGACUAUGUCAACAACAACGAGGGUGCCCCAGCAAAUAACCCGAUCGCAGAGAUUUUGAAAAGGAAGCCCAUCAAGCACUAG